AUGAAAAUCCUUCUGCUAGUUCUUGUGAUUUAGGUCUUUAGUCAAAGUUGUUUAAGUACAACAGGAUCAUAAGUUGAUUGGUGGCUGAUAUUCAAACUACCUGCUGAUUCUAAUAUACCAUAUAGUGGAUUUGAAUACUAUUAUUGUGAUUCACAAAAUGACUGUUCUACUAUGAAUCUAAUGAAUGAUGAUUUAAGAGAUCAUACAUCACCCUUAUAAAGAACUGUGAGUCAAAUCUCAUUUACUUCAAGUACAACUAUGAAUGUAGUAUGGAAUGAUUAACCUUAUGGAAAAUCAACUAUCUCUGAUAGAGCUCAUUCCAAAGGUAUACUAUCAGCAUCUUCUAAUGGAUAAGGAUUCAUUAUUAAUCAUUCAACACCAUAAUUCCCUGUCUUUGAUGAUACUUAAAAGUAAAUUUUUAGUAAUAUAAAUUUAGUAAUAUUAUACCUGGAAUGCCAAGUAGUUCUAGUGUAAAUGGACAACAUUAUUUUUGUGUCACAAUGACAACAUCCCAAAUUAAUGUUGUAGCUGAGCAAUAUAUUAUUGCUUAAACCUUAACUCAAAAAGCUAAUGAGAUUAGUACUUUUGAGUCAACUUAUCCAAAUAUUUAUGCUUUAAGAAAUAAUUCAAGAAAAAUUCCAUCAUAAAGUGGAACUACUUAAGUAAAGAGCAAGAAUGGAAUGAAUAUUCAUGUUAUUUCAAAGAACUAAAAUUUAGUGGAUGACUUUUAUGCUACUAUUGUUGCUCCUAUUUUAAAAGUUGGUUUAGUAAUGGAAACAUGGGGAAAUGGAACUGGAGGCUUAUAGGAAGCAGUUUGUUCAAAUACUUAUCAAACAUAUAGUAAUAUUUAUAGAAAUCAUAAUGUAUAAUAUUAAUUCUAUUUUUAGGGUUAUAAAUUUAAAUAUACAAAAGAUCAUUCAAAAUUCGGUAUUUCUGUAUAAAGUGCAAUGCCAUAUGUUUGUAUGUCUGAUUUGAAUAGAAUGACAACCUAAAAUAAAAGAGGAGGAACUACUUUUUGUUUUUUACAUUCCAAGAUAUGGAAUGUUAUAAAUAAGGCAUUUAUCGAAAGACAAACAUGCUGA